GAGGCAUGUGCUUUUGAAGUAAAAGUGCACACAGUUGCAGCAUCUCAGCCUGAAUUCACUGGCUACCUAGAAAGUUUAUUAACCCAACGGCAUGGAUUGAGCAGAGGUAAGAUGAGAAGAUAGAGAAAUCACCAGGAAUGAGUCUUGCUGGCUAUUCAGACUGCAUGGACAUAGGUCCUGGGGACAGCUGUUGUCUGGAAAGGAGUCUGCCGAGUGCCAACACAAUCCUGAAGUCCUGCUCUUUCUGUGAGGCAAGCAAUCAUAUGGAAGAUACAGACUGGAUGAAAGAGAAGACCUCUGCCAGUUUAAGGCAGGUGGAAAUGUGUCAGUCUGUUUUGCCUUUCCACGCCAACCACAAAGGAGAGCUUUCUGCAGGGCAGCUUUUAAAGUGGAUUGACACCACAGCAUGUCUGGCAGCCGAGAAGCAUUCUGGAAUUCCCUGUGUCACAGCUUCAGUGGAUGACAUCCAGUUUGAAGAAACUGUAAAGAUUGGACAAAUUAUCAACGUUAAGGCUGCAGUGAACAGAGCCUUCAACACCAGCAUGGAGGUCGGGAUCACUGUUUCAGUACAAGAUGUCCAGAGUAGAAGUUUGAAAAGAGUCUGUGUUGGAUAUUCAACAUUUGUUGCAAGGCCAGCUGCAGCUGCCAAGAUUAUUCUAAAGCCAGUCAAAUGCCUUCCUACACAAGAAGAUCAUGUUGAAUAUUCUCUUGCAUCAGAGAGAAGGAGGUUAAGGUUGGACAAUGAAAAGGCUUUCAAUAAAUUAAUGCAGGAGACUCAUCUUCAAACUGAUGCAGCUAAUGGAAACGACAGCUCGCUAGUAUCAACAGAAACUACUCGAGUAGAGAGCAUUGAGCUUGUCCUGCCGCCGCAUGCCAAUCACCAUGGCAACACUUUUGGUGGGCAAAUUAUGGCCUGGAUGGAAAAUGCAGCCAGUGUGGCAGCAAGUCGCCUGUGUGGUUUCUCUCCCAUCCUAAAGUCUGUUGAUAUGUUUAAAUUCAGAGGACCUUCCACUAUAGGGGAUCGACUGGUUUUCAAAGCUGUAGUCAACAACACUUUUCAAAAAAGUCUCGAGGUGGGAGUGCGGGUUGAAGCUUACAAUAUUGAAGAAUGGACUCAAGGAAAACCUCGACACAUAAACAGCGCUUUCCUCAUCUACAGUACUUCAGGAGUUGACGGCAGGGAGUUUCCUGGUGUUAAAUAUACAACAAAGGAUGGGCUCCGACGAUAUGUGGGUGCAAUUGUUCGAAAACGAAUUAGGGUGGCCAGAAAACAUAUUCUUUCAUGUAAAGAAGAUGGUCCGCUGUCUGUGCCCUGGGAAAAAAGUAAUCAGGCAUAUUUAAGCUAUAAUAAUAUUGCUGCUCUUACUGUAUUGGCAGGAAGAAUUGGAUGGGAAAUAAACAUUUCACAGCCUAAGAUACGAACAUACAUGCAUGAAGAAUAUGAUUCCCUGUCAGUAAAGGUGGAAAUGGAUGUGAAUGUUUUGGCCAAAAAAUCCUUUUAUAUGUUGUCAGACCUGAGCAUUCGACCUAAGUGGGACAAGCAUUAUUUGGACUGUAAAGAAGUUGAAUCAGUUGGCAAAGAUGAUCGACUUUAUCAUAUUAAAUGUCAAGAAGUCAACAAGGAAAAAGCCAGAGACUUUGUAGUGCUUAUGUCAUGCAGACAGCCAUCUAAAGCAGGGGAAUCCUACAUUAUAGCAUUAAGGUCAGUCAUUGUGGCUUCAGUUCCCCCUGAUCCGGGAUACACAAGAAGUGAAAUUCUCUGUGCAGGCUUUGUUAUUGAUGGUGGUGCCAAUGAUCAUUGUAAAGUGUCCUAUUAUAACCAGGUGACGCCUGGAGUGCUACCAUUUGUUGCUGGUACCCUGACAGGAUGGUCAAAAUCAGUGGAAGAAACUGCUUCAUCGUGUAUCAGAUUUCUGGAAAGUGUUCAGAGUGUGGCAUUUUGACAUAUAUGGGCGGUCUUCUGUCAUAACUCACAAACUGUACUUCUCCAACCAUGCCACAUCAUGCAAGCCAUUUGAAGAUCACCCAUCCAUCUAAAUGCUAAGUGGACUUUUACAUUGUGGCCGAAUGUAUCAUUUGCUAUGUUGACUUUGAUCCCACUCAAAACUUUCCUAAUACAAUUGGCCUACUGAGAAGUGCAUAUAAAGUGAGUUCAAGUCACUGUUCUGAAAUCAAUGGAUGAGACAUUAAAAACAGAACUGGAAUGAAUACAAAUAUCUAUGAAUUAAAUUCAGACUGAGAACGUCUUUUAAGGAGAGUAUUGGGAUUGGAAAAGGAAGGUGAUGGGGUAUGGCUGAGGAUCCCCUACUUUUUAAAGCAUUUUUUCCUUGAUUUAAUAUACUGUAUUGUUCAAAUAUUGACUUGUCCUUUUCCAGAAUUUAAAGGUGAUUAUUGAAGAUUCAGUUGAGCAAUGCUGCUUUACGGUUCCAAGAUCAAAGGGUUCAUUCCAGGCUUGUCCAGUACCUCAGUGGAGAAUUUACUUCUUUCUGAUUUUAUGUCGAUUUUUUUCUCCAGGUAUGCUGGUUUUUCACACAUCCCAAAAUCGUGCAUGUUAGGUUUAUUUAAAUUGUCUUAUUGUGAAUGUGUGCAAGUGCAACUGUGUUUGUUAACAAGGAUUCUAUCCUAGAUUGUUUUUUGUUUGUUUCCAAUGCUGCUGGGAUAUGUAAUAUGUAAUAAUAUGUAAUAUAAUAAUAAAUAUAAUAUAAUAAUAUAAUGUAAUAUAUAUGUAAUAUAUAAUAUGGCUCUUUUCAAUAUUGGAAAAAAGGGAUAGAUUUCAAAGAUUCAGUUUUAAAAGUGACCAUGAGCACUGAAUAAACCAGGAAUAAAAGGGAAUAAGUAAAGGAAUAAAAGGAAAAGUCAUUAUAAUAUUAGACUGUAAGAAACCAAGUUCAUUUCAUAAAAGCUCUUUUCUGACAAUUUAAUAAA